CUUGAUUUUACCUCUUCCCUCACUGCUCUCCUCUCCCUUCGCCUUCUUCACCCUCCCCAGACACGCCGCCACAAUGAUUAUCUACAAGGACCUCAUCACCGGUGACGAGAUCAUCUCCGACUCGUACAACCUCAAGGAGAUCGACGGUGCCGUCUACGAGGCCGACUGCCAGAAGAUCACCCUCGGUGCUGAGAACAUCGAUAUCGGUGCCAACCCUUCUGCCGAGGAGGGCGGCGAUGAGGGCGCUGAGGACACUGCCCAGACCGUCAUCGAUGUCGUCCACUCUUUCCGUCUCAACGAGACUUCCUUCGACAAGAAGUCCUACCUUGGCCACCUCAAGACCUACAUGAAGAAGGUCAAGGAGUCGAUGAAGGCGAAGGGUGCUAGCGACGAGAAGGUCAAGGAGUUCGAGACCGCUGCCUCUGGCUACGCCAAGAAGAUCAUCGCCAACUUCAAGGACUACGAAUUCCUGAUCGGCGAGUCCAUGGACCCCGACGGAAUGGUCGUCCUCCUCAACUACCGUGAGGACGGUAUCACUCCUUUCGUCACUGUGUGGAAGCACGGUCUCGAGGAGAUGAAGGUCUAAAAUCAGCCCAGAGGUGAAAUCCAGGGCAUGUAAAGGGGCAGUUGGGUUUUCUGGUUUUUUGACGAGUCUAAAUGCAUUGACGAAUAUCCCUCGAGGCAUUACCCUCCAAAACAAAUGCAUGACAAUCUUCGUUUCUGG